GCUGCGACUCCCGCCGUCUCAGCCGCCACGACCGCUCCUCCUCCCACAUCCGCUACCGAUGCACUUGCGACUGACAGCAACCCCUUUGACAUUAGCGACGCUACCGACUAUGCCAACUUGCCCGAGAGACUUGGUUUCCUGAAAGACCUCGGCCUUGACUACGGCUAUGGUCCAACCUCUGUGAUCGAAUGGUCGCUGGAACACGUACACGUCCUGUCUGGUAUGCCCUGGUGGGGCUCAAUCGCCGCAACCGCUUUCCUCUAUCGUCUGGCCCUGGUUCCUCUUUUCAUGAAGGCAAGCGAGAAUGGUGCCAAGAUGCGCGCAAUGCAGCCUAUCACAAAGCCUAUGAACGACAAGAUGAUGCAAGCUAUGAGAGAUGGCGACAGAGUCACCGCCAUGACCAUGCGCCAGGAACUCAUGCAGAUCAACAAGGCUGCAGGUGUCAGCACUUUCGGCAUGCUUGUACCCAGUGUCGUCCAGGGUGUCUUCGGUUUCUGCGCUUUCCGCUUGCUGCGUGCUAUGGCCAACCUUCCUGUUCCCGGUCUCGAGACUGGUGGUCUCCUCUGGAUAACCGACUUGACUCAGACUGAUCCAUACUUCCUUCUUCCCGCUAUCAUGGGUGGUACUUUGCACAUGGUCAUGCGUAUGGGAGGUGAGACUGGCACUCCUAUGACUGAGGCUGCCAGACCUUUCUUGCUCUAUAUCUUCCCUGGUAUCGUUUUCAUUACUACCGCCUGGCUUCCUGCUGCUCUCAAUGUAUGGCUUGCCACCACUGGUGUUAUGGGUAUGACUCAGGUCCACAUCUUCAAGCGCCCUGAGAUCCGUCGCAUGUUUGGUCUGACCCCC